AUGGUAAUCAAGGAAAUUGGUUCCAUGCGUCGUCGAAGUCGUCGUCGUUGUUGUUUCGAGUACGGAUACAUAAUCGAAAAUGGUCUUCAAGCGUCAGAACGUGAAAUCCAUUUAGAAGACUUUUUCUGGACAGGAUCUGGCGACGGUCCCCCCAAUUAUGCCCAACAACCAUCCAACGGUGCUGGCGGCGGUUCAAACGACGUAAAUUCCCGUUUCCCAAGCACAAUUGUCAAAACCGCAACAGUUCUUGCCACAGUUUACGUCGAUGGCAGCAUGGAAAAUUUAGAUCCUCUUUGCACGUUCGAUUGCAACAAUUACGAGUUCAACAACGUCGAAACGACAAUUCCAAGCGAUCGACGAUAUUGGCUUCUCACAGUUGUCGGAGGAUUUUUCGGACCGCAAGAUUUCCCAAUUUUGGAGGAAAAACUCGCAAAAUUGUACAGAAUUGCAUUUACGCGACAGCAAGCGAAGCAUUUAGGCAUCAACGGUAGCAACAGCACAAAUUCCUCGAAUUCUGCGAAUGGCGGCACGAUGGAACGCAUCAAACGUGACAUUCAACCGACGAAAGUGUUGUCGGUACGUGAUCGAUCAGUGAGUCAAGUUUAUGAUGUUUACCAAGGCAGAAGGGGGCAGCAUCAUAAAACGAAGCGCAAAAAGCGACAAUCGAUGGAGACAGUUAGAACGAACAACAGUCUCGGGUAUGACAAGGGAUUGACAGCGACGUUGCGGAAUAAGAGCGAAUAUCAACAGAUUUUGAUCGAUCGGAGGAACAGCAAUAAGCGAAAAGUUACGGUGCUGAUACAAAAUGUCACUCAACUCACGGAGGAAGAGUUGUUGAAGCAUCAGGAUUUGGGAACAAGAAACGACUCCUUAGACCUGAAAAAUCAAACAGAAAUCAUCUAUUCAGUAUUUGUAUCGGGAAAACCUGUUCUCGCAACAACUGCCGCUAAAGAUAUGGAACUUUUAACCGACAGCGAAGUCAUGCAAGUGAUCGAACAUCCAAUCAUGACGAAGGCGGAACCUUACCUCAAAGAUCCUCAAGCAACUCCUUUGAUCCCAUCGCACAACGGAAACUCAAAUUUAGUCGCUCUGAUCGCCGAAAACCCUUGGUGGAUUGCCGUUUUGUGUAUCACUUGCUUCAUUCUCCUCUUCCUGCUUGUCGCUUUGUUGCUGAUGACACGCGCCAAACGUCGUCGCAGUGCUGAACUCAAGCGUCUCGUGACAUCGCAACACGGAACAAUCAGUCCGAUCCAUCAUCAUCACCAUCAUUUGGAUUCCGACACGAAAACCGAAGACAUUCAUGCGCACGAUAAUUCAGCAUUUUCCAAAUCUGACGAAAAAUCCGACGGAAACUUGUUCAAGGGACAUCCAGUCAUCAAUUUUCCACUGCCGCCUCCCAUUUCAAGACCUUCAUCCUCAUCAAGUUCGACAUCAGAUUCGUCGAUUUAUUACCCGAAACGUCGAAACAAAAGCACUUUGCAAGAAAUUUUGGACGAAAAAGCCGCCCAUUUGUUCCAUAAAAAGUGCAAAAAUCACGAUUCCGAGGAAAAAAGUAAGAAAGACAGGAAGAAGAGGAAAUAUUUGGCUGAUAAUAAAGUUGGAUCUUUGGAGCAAGUCGAAGUGCAAUGUCAUUCGCCGCCGAGUACAGCCAGCAGUGACUUUACGUUGAACGAAAAUCCGGAGAAAAACAACGAAAACAUCGACAAAAAUGCAAUAAUUUCGAAUUAUCACAAAAAUAAGGUGCUGCACGAUCCAAAGUUCACGCAAGAUGUGAGCGACGAUGAUUUUGGGAUUCAUCGGUAUCGCCGCGAACCGGAGGACAGCGAUUGCGGAAGUUAUUUGAGCAUGAUUUCGAUUCGUAGUUUUCCGAAAUCUUGCGUACCUGAGCCCCUUUGUCGUGUCCUCGAGCCGUCUGUAAGUGUAACAUAUCUUGACCAAUCCGAUCACGGUAGCGAUGUUCAUGUACGAUCUUCCAAACAUUUAGAGCCGAUCCUCAGUGAAAAGGAUGAAGAUAAUCUACGAGACGGAAAUACACAAGACGCAACAUCGGAAGCAGGUGACAUUCAAAGAGAGCUGAAUGCCGGCGCCGUUAUUUAUAAGUUAGAGAAGAAAGAUUCUAGUCAUCAAUGUCAAGACACGACAAUUAGUCCGAUUCACGAUCCAGUUCGCACGCGAAAUCGCUUUGAGGGUUUGCUCGAAGGUGCGAUCGAACUUUAUGCGAGUCAACGAGACACAACCGACUCGCCGAGCACGUCAGAAGUGAUGGCCUCGAGUGCGGCAAUUUACGCGGAUCAAUGUCGCGCGAAUCGUGGCAAGUCCGCCAUUCCCUUUAGAAAUCCCGCAAUUUUGUGUAAACUCGGUUCAGGCACUGUCCGUCCUUUCACUGCUGGCACGUCGAACACGUCACAAAGUAAAGAUUCCACGCAACCGCCGACACCGUCGAAAGCAUGGGCAAGUGGCGCGCACUCACCUCAGGUUGACAAAAUUCGACCAUUAAGCGCUGGACCGUUCCACAAACCGCACACUCCAAUUGUAGACGUAAGUCGUGUUCUUGCACCUAAAACUAUUCUCGAUCGAAGUGAAUUGUCCACGGCACCACUAAUUGAAGCGAUUCAGAAUGAACUGAAAAAGUUCAACAAGGACAACAAUACAAGUAGCUGUCAUCAUUAUUAAAUUUUUUGUACGAUGAAAACUUUGUAUUUUUGCCUUUUUAAAAAAAAA